AUGGUGAACACGUUGAAGGCAGACGGUUUGGAACGAGAGAAUCUGCUUGAAGACACUAUUCAGAAACGUGAGGCGGAAGGAUUUGAUCCGACGGACAACCAGCAACCAUUGGCAGACGAGCGGGACUUUCGUGAGGAGCACAUCAGAUAUCUUGAGGACCAGAGGAGCCUCCGCCGGAAGUUGGGAUUGCCGUUCGACUUCGAUUUCUGGGGCGGAAUCGAGAUGCAGCAACAAGGAAGGUUUGAGAGAAAAGCAUUCCGAGAUCGAGUCGAAGCUCAUUGGAUUGUGGAGUUUGAUAGCAGGGAGAAUGCCAAGGGAUACCCAAAGCCAUUGUUAAUUUGCCUCACCACCCUCCACCUGGAUGAGACUGAGUUCAGGUACAAAGAUCUGCUUUCCGCAUGGAUGGGCACGGAGUGGAUCAGGUCUACAAAAGCUUGGACUUCGAAGAAGAUGUUGAGUAACACGUCCGUGAUUUUGGGUUUAUUGUGUAUGACAUCUGAACCCGUGAAAAAUUGA